AUGAAGUCAUCCGGAAGCUCUGCGCCGGAUGGCAGUGCGAUCGUUUGGUUUCGAAAAGGACUGCGACUCUCUGACAAUGCUGCACUGGUGGAGGCUUCCAAAGCUGGUGUGAAACAUGUCUGCCCAAUUUUCGUGAUCGAUCCGCAUUUUGGACCGAAAUACGUUGGCAUUAAUCGUUACAACUUCCUUCUGGACUGUUUGAAGGAUUUGGACAAGCAGCUGAACAAGCGAUACCGCAGCCGUUUGAUUGUGCUGCGCGGAAAGCCGGAGGAGGUCAUCGGCAAGCUGCUCAAGACCGGCAAGCCUCUUUUGGCCGCAAAACCAAGCUUGAUUCUAUGGGAGAAAGACACCGAGCCCUACGCUUUGAAGAGGGACAAUGCCAUCAUCAAGCUUGCGAAGAACAGCUGCGUGGAGGUGCGCAUGUUCUCAGGGCACACACUCUAUGACGUUGAAGAGGCUCUUGCAAAGAACAAAGGCAAAGCUCCCACUACGAACAACGGGGUGGGAACAUUGGUGAAGGCCCUUGGUGAACCAGCAAAGCCUCUUCCACCCCCAUCGAAGUUGCCGCCACUACCGCCCUCCGUUGCCAAUGCGAAGGCUUACGAUGUACCAACUUUGAAGCAGAUGGGUUACACAGCGAGUGUCAAACCCUACCUGGUUGGUGGUGAAACUACCGGCCUUGCGCGAAUGGCCACCAUGCUGAAGAAAACGUCGUACAUCCGCAGCUUCAAGAAGCCGCAGACACGAUCCACAGCUUUCGAUCCUCCGGACACCACGAUGUUGUCACCCUACUUUAAGUUCGGAUGCGUCAGCAUUCGAGACUUCUACUGGGGAUUGAAGAAGGUUUGUUCUGGAGCCAGCCAUUCCAAGCCCCCCGAGUCCUUACUUGGCCAGAUCUACUUCAGAGAGAUGGCUUACAUGAUGGGCGCUUCCAUUCCCAACUUCGAUCGCCAAGCAGGAAAUCCCAGCUGCAAGCAGAUUCCAUGGGCAAAGAACCAGAAACUCUUGACAGCUUGGGAACAUGGGAGGACGGGCUACCCUUACAUCGAUGCUGCAAUGAGACAGCUGAAUCAAGUGGGUUGGAUGCACCAUUUAGCACGUCACGCGGUGGCGUGCUUCUUGACGCGUGGUGAUCUUUGGCUUUCUUGGGAACAAGGUCGGGACGUCUUCGACAAGCUGCUGCUGGAUGCCGACUGGUCCUUGAACAACAUGAACUGGCUGGCCUUAUCUGGUGCUGCUCCUUGGUCUCCGCCCUUCUUUAGGGUCUACCACCCUGUCCCAAAAAUGGAUUCGUCGCUCAACGUGAAGGACCCUGAGGGGGAAUUCAUUCGCGAGUUCAUCCCUGAACUGCGCAAAAUGCCAAGCAAAUACAUCUAUGCGCCCUGGACAGCUCCCAUGGAGGUCCAGAAGGCAGCUGGUUGCAUCGUUGGGAAGGACUACCCCAAGCCAAUUGUUGACCAUGAAGCUGCAAGCAAAGCGAACCUCGCCCGCUUCAAGAAGGCGCUGAGCUCCGCACCCAAGACCAGCGCUGGGAAAGGUACAAAGAGGAGUUCCACUUCCAGUGGAAGCCGCGGCGGAAGCCCUGCAAAGAGGCCAAAAUGGGGAGCCUGA